AUGAAACCGCCGUUGCAGACUCAAGUUGACAAAGCAGCGGCAGGGACUGGCUUGCUAUUCCAGGGCGCGUACAGCACGCUUGUAGGGCAGCAACUUGUCAGAGACCCUGCUGUGAGAUGGAAAAUGCGCGUCGGAGGGAUAUUGCCGUCAUUCUUGUGGGACGAUAAACUACCAGGGACGCGCUCGCCCUUUAGCGUCAUCCUCCGUGCCCAACGGUCUUCUCCCCAGUCCACCACCAUCGCUCUCGUUACCUUCUCAGUCCCGCGUCCGCCUCUCCCGAUUCUCUUCGAUUUCAAAGCCUCGUGUUUCUCAGAUAAGUCUACUAGCCGUCCACCAGAAUCUGCGCUCUCUCGCCCAUGUCUUUGCUUCCGGACGGUCCUCGUUGCCAAUGUCCAGCCACUACUUGCUAGCUCUGCCCUGUUCUCGACUCUGGACGGUCAACAAACCGUCUCUGUCGGCAUUCGGGCAUCCUCGGCUCCCUUACUGGUCCUCGACCCUGCCGCCGGUAUACCCUUGAGAUGGUCCGACUGACGGAGCCUUUGAGGGCAGGUUCCGUGUCAGAUUUCGCUCGCCGACUCCUCAUGUGAACGGCAUCCAGCCACUCUCUCCGAUCCCUGAUCAAUUUGCUGUGUUAGCCACUUCCAUCACAUGCAGUAUGCGCUCGUCCUUUCGGAAUCAGAAGUUUUUCACGUCAGUUCAAGGACACGCAGGCAAUCCUGUCAUCCAAAUAACUUCUAUGCCUAAUUAUUGCUUUGCUUCCCCCUAAAGUCCUCGAGAUCACCAUUGAAGAUCCUAUCGCCUUUUCCUUCAAAUGGACGGGGAAUGCGUGAACACCGAAUUGCUUAUCCUGGGUAUUCAUCGGCUGGGAAAACCGCGCAUCAAGGACGCCGCUCACUCGGGCUCACAUUAAUAACACUAUCUUUAAUCAAUGUGAAUACUGUCUGUUCCAAGCAUUAAGAAACCUCGAGGCACUUUGUGUUCUUUGCUCAGCUUCAAGUCCGAAAUAGAAAUGCGAGUGUGCAAGUACGCAACGCUUCGUCCUCGUGUUCGCACUCGUUUCAAUCCUAGACACCCAGAAUUUAAUUACCCAGGACAUAGUCGGUUCGACCGCUAUUUGAAAUGCGUUCCUCGAUAGCCUCAUUGUUUCUGACCCUCUACAAAGGUAUAUCUUCUUUCCAAGGCGGUUGCAGAUGAGCGUUCUCACCAUUUUUCCGUUAUUGACGGAGGGACUAUUUGGACAACCAGCCAGCAUUUAACAAACUAACUCAAUUGUUCAGCCCUUCCGUUUUCGUAUCAGAUUGCUUCUCCAAAUACAUGGGUGUCCAUUCACCAUGAU